AUCUACCUCCCAUUCCCAGUUCACUUUAGUGCUUGGUGGUGGGGGGGCUGUCUGUUAUCUGCAGGCUCGGCGCCCGAGUUUUGUAUUGUGUCACACACGAGCAACUGUUCUUUUUUUUUAACUCAUCGGAGUACAGUUUUUUAACAACAAUACGACCGUGAGCGCUUUUUAGAGGAAACUACAACUAAAUUCACCCUUUCGACCUGUUUUGGGGUAAUUUUUCGUGUUGCUUUGUAUGAGUUGCACACACGUAACAUGGCAAAGGAAAACGUUACUGGCCAAAGGAUCCCUAAGUUGGGACACAUACGGACAAUAUUGUGAGAGCAGGUCCUCAUGUCAUUGAUACAUCUGCUUAACCGAAGGAAAGGACAGACCUGUAUUCAAAGCCACCUCUGAAGUGACAGCAGCCAUUAAAAUCUCCCUCAGUGUUUUUUUUUAAUUUAAAAGUGGACUGCUUGCAGGGCGGGGGGCAGGGAGGUUUACUUUCCACCGCUACCAGACAUCAUGACCACCUCAUCGCUGCGCCGCUCGGUCAAGAACAUUGUCAACAACUACACCGAUGCGGAGAUCAAAGUGCGCGAGGCCACCUCCAAUGACCCCUGGGGGCCCCCGACCUCGCUCAUGGCGGAGAUCGCGGACAUGACCUUCAACGUGGUGGCCUUAACCGAGGUCAUGGGCAUGAUCUGGAAGCGGCUGAACGACCACGGCAAGAACUGGCGCCACGUCUACAAGGCCCUGACGCUGACGGACUACCUGAUCAAGACGGGCUCAGAACGCGUGGCGCAGCAGUGCAAGGAGAACAUCUACGCCAUCCAGACCCUGCGGGACUUCCAGUUCGUCGACCGCGAGGGGCAGGACCAGGGCAUCCACGUGCGCGAACGGGCCAAGCAGCUGGUCUCCCUGAUCCGGGACGAGGAGCGGCUGCGGCAAGAGCGCGCCCAGGCCCACAAGACCCGGGAGCGCAUGGCGGGCACCAGCCUGGGCUAUGGGUCCAUGCCACCCCCGUACCCAGGCC